UUAUAAUAGGACGUAAGGCUAUUAUGCUUCCUUGCUUCCUUUUUCUUUCUUUCUGCUCUUCCCCCCCUUUUUUUUUCUUUUUCUUUUUUUUUUUUUUAAUAACUUCCUUCCCUUUUUUUCGUUCCUUUUUUUGGAGGGGGCCGAACUGGCAGAUGGGGAAGAUGGGGCGAUGGGUCCGUGAUGGGGCUCCCGCUCCCGCCUUCUUGCAGUCACCUAAACUUACUUUCUUUCUUUUUGGUAUUCUUCUUCCUCUUCUUCCCUUUCCCGUUCCUCCUAUCUAGACAAUUCUAACGUCUUGAUGUCCU